GCAGCAAAGUACACUCUACCCUCUAAUUUCCUUUAAACAAAGCUUUCUGUUUAUCUUCUCCAAUUCAUGAACAAAAUGGCUGAAAAUCUGAUUCAUGCCCUUCAAUAUAGCGGCUAUGGCGGAGGCGCUGCUGGUUUGAAGCAUGUUGAAGUUCCAAUCCCUACUCCAAGUCAAGGAGAAGUUUUGCUUAAACUGGAGGCAACUAGUCUAAACCCAGUUGACUGGAAAAUUCAGAAAGGGAUGCUGCGCCCAUUUUUACCUAGAAAAUUCCCCCACAUACCUGCUACUGAUGUAGCAGGAGAAGUCAUAAAGGUUGGACCAGGAGUCACGAAUUACAAAGAUGGGGAUAAGGUUGUGGGCAUGCUUAAUCAUUUUAGUGGAGGUGGACUAGCUGAAUUUGCUGUGGUUAAGGAGAGUUUGGCAGUUGCAAGGCCUCCAGAAGUAUCAGCUGCUGAAGGUGCAGGCUUGCUUGUUGCUGGUCUCACAGCUCACCAGGCACUCACCCAAUCCGCUGGGAUCAAGCUUGAUGGAAGUGGCCAGCAAGUAAAUCUUCUGAUUACUGCUGCUUCAGGUGGUGUAGGUCAAUAUGCAGUUCAACUGGCAAAGCUUGGAAACACACAUGUGACAGCCACUUGUGGGGCUCGUAAUAUGGAUCUAGUCAAGAGCCUUGGAGCAGAUGAGGUUCUUGACUACAAAACUCCUGAAGGGGCGGCUCUGAAGAGCCCCUCUGGUCGCAAAUAUGAUGCAGUGAUCCACUGUGCAAUGGGCAUUCCUUGGUCUACUUUUGAGCCUAAUCUGAGUGCAAACGGAAAGGUAAUAGAUAUAACACCUGGUCCUAGUGCUUUGCUAACUUUUGCUAUGAAAAAGCUUACCUUGUCAAAGAAGCAGCUGGUUCCACUGCUUAUGAAACCUAAGAAGGAAAACCUUGAGUAUCUUGUAAACUUGGUGAAAGAAGGGAAGCUUAAAACAGUAAUUGAUUCAAAGUAUCCCCUAGGUAAGGCUGAAGAAGCAUGGGCUAAGAUCAUGGAUGGUCAUGCCACUGGUAAGAUAAUUGUGGAGCCUUAAAUGUCACUUGUAAGCAAUUAAACAAUGAUGCUUGGAGGUGAUGUUGCCGGCAGUUGGUCGGGUUUCGGUAUCGAUUGCUGAUAAUGCUAUGGAUAUUCAGGAUUUGUGGACUUUGUUAUUGAAAAUUAUGUUUACUAAAUGUAUGUUGAAGACUACACUUCAGACGUGGUUGCAAUUAUUUUUUUUCUUUUUUGUGUUGUAAGCUUUGUAUCCACAUAUAUUCCUACUUGUUUUCUGGA